UUCCUGCCUGUUAAAUUCUGCCAGAGAGAGCAGAUCAAGAAGUUUGUAUAAGGCAGAGUCCCUGGGACGUGAUCAUGGAACGGUUUCUCCUACAGCUGCUGACUUUGCAGAUCCCAUUGUUGCUGUGCCUGGCACACACAUACCAACAACUUCCGGCUGAAUAUGAUAUGUAUCAGAGGGAAGUCAUUCCAGAAUUUCCAAUUAUAGUACAAUCAGAAGUCCGGCCCCCUUUUCUCAUCCAAGAAGAGUCUGUUCUGAGCCCACGUGGAAGAAGACCUUCGAAAGGCUUGACCACAUCUACAGGCAACAACCUGCAGGAUUUUCCUCCUGGAUAUCCCAGUCCCAGCAACAUUGGAAAUAUAUGCAGCAAGAAGCGACCUAAGAUUAACUAUGGACCUCAUAACCUUCCUCAGACAGGAUUUUCCCACCUCAGCCGGCAGGGAGGUGCAAUUAACAGCAUGGAGGAAGGUUAUGCAGAGUGCUGCCGCCAGUCUGGCAGAUUGCACUGCUUAAAGAAUGUGUGGAAGACUGUCCUGCAGGACUUCUGUGAUGAGGAGUUUUCUGUGAAGACAAGGCAUUACCAUUGCUGCACAAAGAAAGGAUCAGAAAGGGAAACUUGUUUCAGCAAAGAUGCUUCUAAUCCAAGUUACAGCAUACCCCCCAAACCAGCAGACUUACAUGAAAUAGGCAGCGCUGAUGCCCCAUCCGUGGGGAGUCCACGAAGUGUCAGGCCCUGCUCACCUUCCUCACCCAAAUGCCAUAAGGACAGCAAGUUCAAACACCCUGACCUUUCUUUCCCACCAGGAGAACCCAAGUCCAGCAAUAUUCAAAACAUAUGCAAGCUGAGGAAGCUGCGACCCUUCUAUGCUCAGAGCCAGCUGCCCCAGUCUGGAUUUGGACACUAUGUUCGUCAAGCCAAGACCAUCAACCGCUUAGAGAAAGAGUACAAGAAAUGCUGCAAGGAUGACAAUGUGCCUUGUGCUCACACUGCUUGGGAGAAAGUUCUCGCUCAGUUCUGUGGACAUGAGAAGGUUGUAAAAUCAAAGCACUACGAGUGCUGCAAGAAACGGGACAGGGUGGGAAUGUACCACUGCUUCGCCAGCAACGCUCCUUACCCAGAGUAUGACAGGGAAGUGGACACCAUGGACUUAAGCAACAUCACUGAGGAAACCCUGAGCACAUUAUGUGGAGACUCCAAGCUGCUCACUAAACAAAAACAGGUUCCUCUGCUGGUGUCCGGCCUCCGAGAAUCCUGCUGCAUGUUGCCCAGUGACACAGUGCAGAGCUGUGCUGAGGAGCAGAAAGAAAAGUAUAUUGAGGCGCUCUGUAGCAGCAAGAAGGACGUGUGGAAAGACUCCCAUGACUGUUGCAUUAAGGAAAACCCUGAAAAAGAAGAAUGCUUCAAUUCCUACCUGCAGAAUGUUAUGGUGGCAGUGAAUCAGAGAAAACCCUCAGAAUAAACUGUUAAAGAAAUAGUAUGAAUUGUCGCUUACAAGCUUGUUAUGUAUUCAGAUAGUUUGGGGCUUACUUUAUGUACCCACUCGCCAUGAAAAUAAAAAAACACAUAGAUUCACACCUAACCAAAUAAUUCCGUAAAACGUAUCAUUCCCAUAAAAAUGAUCAUUAUUGGGCCUGGUUUGCUUAACUUUGUUUUUUUACUGCAAUAAGAAUUAACACAUCAUUAGCUUAGGGUCACCAAAAAAAAAACAAAUGGUGUUUUGCAUUUGCAUAUUUGUCAAGAUUUGAAUAAAUUUGGCAGGGACACUGCAACCCAGCAGUCAAACAAGCAGGUAAGAGUAUUGACCAUGCCCAUCAACUAUUUUUAUAGCCCCACCCACAAUUCAGGUACCAGUUCACCAAAUUGAAUAUAUUAAUCUGCUGUUCUUAUGUAAAGUGCAGAAGAACCAGGUGCUUAUUUUAUAUAAAACAAAUAUAUACAGGAAGUAGAAAAACCACAUGUGGGUAUGGUAACUUUUAAUUCCAAAAAUCUGGUGUUUUUGGGUUGCCUUGGCAUAGUAAUAUUUUAAAGGUAUUCCAAGAGUUAUGCAAAACAAAUUCUCAGAUAACAUUGUCUGAGCCAAAAGACUUAGCUAGGCAAAAAAGAAUGCAGCUUACACAUAAUAUAAAUUAUAAUAGUAUGUCUACUACAAAUAAAACAUAGUUUUAUUGACCUUUUAAUUGAAUUUGCACUUAAAGAAGUAUAACUUGAUAACAAUAUUGUCUAAUGUAUUGUGUUGUGAUAGCAAACUAUUUCAUUUUAUUUGUAGUAGAUACAGUAUCUUAUUAUUUAUAUUUUGUGUAUACUGCAUUCUUUUUUUGCCUAAUUCUAUUAAAGAUAUAAUGUCUGGUAACCCCACAGACAACAAAGCCAAGGCCAGACCUUUUUACAUUUUGGGACAGUCUCCCGGAAUGUGAGGCCAAAACCGGGACUGUCCCAAGAAAAAUCGGUAUAGUUGGCAACUAUUUAUUUCCUAAAGAAAACACUCUAUUGCUAUGAUUAAAAACAAACAAACAAUUACAGACCUCCAAACCAUCCUGGAUCCUGCACUUUUGUCAGCGGUUAUGAGGUCUGACUUCUUGUUGUCCCGGUUUUCAUGGACUGCCCAGUUCUGCCUAUGCCUCUGCCCUACCCAUAACUUGACUGCUGCCCCGUCCCUCCCACCAUGACCCUGCCCACAAAACACUGGUGGGCUACAGCCCACAAGUUCCCUAAAACCCUAUCCUGGAAAACCUAUGAAAAGUUUUGGCAAGUGUGAUAUUAUGUAAAAUUUGCUUGAAGGCUCCCAGAGAAUAAAUUAUAAUUCUAUGCAACACAUUUGAUUUUUUUGCUAUGUUAUGCAUUAGUCUUAGCUUAUGUAAUUGCAAUGAAUGAGAAGACCAAUAUUCCAUUGCUCCUUAACUAAAGACACCAUGAUGACCGGUUCAUAUUGAAGUUUUAUGAUUUUGUUCACAAACCUUCAUUAUCCGCCUUUCUAUUGUCUUUUUCGGGAAAAAAAACCAAAUAAAGAUCUUCUUUCCUCAUAGAUAAUUGUAAGAAUGACCUAUCCCUGCCACUGUGAUUCAGCUGUAGAUGAAGUUUUCCACUGUUGCUGCCAAAAUCUCAUUAUCUUUUUUAUUGUGGAGAAACGCGUGUCCUGAGCAAUAAUGGCUUUAAAUUAAAGUAAUUUUGAGAUGCUGUCUUCUUUUUUAUUUAGAAAUUAAAAUUUAUAGCAGUUGCAAAAAUCUGCAGUGGGAUAAAUCUUGUGUACAUAUGAUUUUGUUUUAUAUUGUCUAAUCUACACUUUGAGAUAUCUUUUCAUUCACUUUUGCAUUUUAUUUUGUAAAGUAAAAAAAAUACAUUAAACAGUGAGAAAUGAAGUUGACACACAAGGAAAUUACUAUUUUUUUUUCUUUUUGGUAUGUUUUAUGCUAGUUAAUACUUGUUAACACAUUUGGUAUUUUUGUAAAUAAGAUAAUGACAAGGUAAAUGUGAAAACACAAUAAACCAUUAUAUAAAUA